AUGAAACCGAAUGAAGCAGCGACUAUUAAACGUCGACGACGUAUUCUUAAAAAUAAGGGUUAUGCAGCAAGUAGUCGUCAUAGACAAACAUCAAUGGUGGGUAAUCUAUCUGUUGAACGAAGUGAAUUAUUGGACCAGAUCUCUCAAUUGCGACAUGAGAAUGAAGCAUUAUCACAAGAAUUACGUGGUUGGAAGCAACGAUACUCUGAUCUUCAACUAUUAACAUCACCACCUGUUGCUACAGUACCUCAAAAUACAACGACAAAACCAGUUACUGUAAAAGAAUCAUCCCACUGA